AUGGAGGACCCUGGCAGCAUUUCUCUUGUGGACAAUACUGCCCCUUCGCAGCACCCUAGCAGUGGGGAUUCGGAAUCUCUACGACGAACCUCGACCGUUGCUCGCCAGAAUAGUCGAACCUCACGCCUGAACCGUGUAUCGGUCUCCGGACAGCUUGCGAAAAGGAAAUAUGCCAAAUGGCAGCCCGAUCGGCUAGGGGUUACUUCCGACACCGAUACCCCCCCCGAGCAGAGAAUCGUCGCGGGCACGAGGGUCGAUCUCCGCGGGGAGCACUGGGAGAGCGAAACUCUCGACUUUGCACCGACGCGCACCCAGAGCCAUACUAAUGCUACGACACAUACCACGACGACAAAUGGACAACCCCCUCCUUCCGACGAGAAAAAGCCGGUUUCGGAACUGGAUAUUCUAUACGAGAACCAGCGUGGCUCAUUUGUCUUUGGAAUACCUUUUUACUCUCAAGGCUCGCUGCUUAACUUAGAUCCCAGUCCCUGGAUGACCCAAGACCGGCGAGAAAGCCCCGUCAAUAUCACCAAUGCCCAAUUGCCAGACCCGAGCUGGGAGUGGUCCUGGCGAACAUGGUACGUGGAUAUGUCUGGCGAUGUAGAUGAGCAAGGAUGGCAAUAUUCCUUCUCCUUCAGCUCAUCCCAAUGGCAUGGCACACAUCCGUGGUUUCACUCCUGGGUCCGCCGUCGACGUUGGGUGAGGCUUCGACAUAAGGUGCCCGAGAAGCGUGUUCGUGGUCGGUCGGGAUUUGAACAGGCGCAUAUGCUGACCGAGGACUAUUUCACCAUCCAUUCUCACAAAGUUCGCAGUCGUGAUCAGAGUACGACUGGCCUUUCGAGGGUGGAGUCCGGAUUCUUGAAUCGCGUUGACACGAAGGUGGAUGAGGAGACGCAUUUGGAGGAGAUAGGGGACAUUCCCACUUUGAUGCAUGCCUUGAAGCUUUGCUCUAUUGAUCGGGAGAAGAUUGACGUCCUUCGCAAGUUUAUCGAGGAGGGCGGCGAGGAGAUAUAUUAUUUGAACGACAAGAUCACAGAGAUCAUGUCUAUGUUUGUGUUUCAAGCGUCCCGCUGGCAAUUCGUCACAUAUCUCGUUGGAGCGAUCCAACAAAUAUCUCAAUUAACGACAGACUCAGAUGACAAGGAGUCCGAUAGAAUGCAACGAAAGAAAGAUAAUCUUAUUCGGGCAGUGGAGUCUGCCAAACAGCAUGUCACGGGGCCCGAUUUCUUUGCAGACUCCCAUGGGGAGUCGGGAGGGGAACUACUUGGUUUGACGCCAAUGUCGCAGCAUAAAUAUCUGCUAUCGAAGCGAGCACAGGCUACUGGCGAGCCAUUGAUUGUCACCAAGGGGAAGGAGAUCAAGGGCAUCCCCAAGGCUGCAGAGUCCGUCACCGCCUGCCCGUCCCGCGGCGACAAUUUUCGGAGUUUGGCUGCUCCGUCCUCUUCAACUGCUAGUGCCGACACCAUUCCUCUCCAUGCCACGGGUGCUACAGGAGCAUUUCUCCCUAUGUUCUCGAGUGGCCGCCCGUGUCUAAGAAGACGCCUGUCUGUUGUCUUGGACAAUGUCGCGGCUGGCUCCGAUGAACCUCUCCUCUUCCUCUACCCCCGAUGGGCCGCGUCGGCUCUGCAAGGCCACCAGAUCGCGUCUUUAACGACCAUCCCAGCUUCAACAAAUAGAUCUCGCACAUCCAAUCGUCCAUUGCCAUCGGUGACCCCUCCCUGCCCCUCUUCGUUCUCGCUCCACCGACAAUCGAGCCGAUGGUUUUCCUCAGAUGCUGUGGUUAAAGAUGGCGAUGGGAGCAACACGGAGGUGCCACUUGCUGGCAAUGAGACAAUCAAUUUGAGAGAGCAGCACGUUAGAAGUGAAAAUAGCGUGUCAAGCUCUGCCAACCAGGCAGGUUCUGCCAUAAAGCCGAAGCGCCCUGUCGACAUAUUUGCCGAUAUCGAACUCACCACACCAGCGCGAGGCCCUGCGACGUGGAAAAGCAGAAGACGAAAUCAACACCGCUCAUCCUCAAGGCCCUUGGCUGGCCCCGUGCGUGAUUUGAGUACUCGGAAGACCGAUUUGAUAUCUAGGCUGUCCGUCCGAGAUCGGAAAAAGCUACGUUACGGAGCAUUUAUCAAAAGACGCUCGUCGAACGGCGAAAAACUGUCAUACUACCCUGUCGGAGGUUGGGAUUCAAUAAAGGACAUAUUGGAGCGACAAGAACAAGAUCCACGAGUGGCGACUCGGAGGAAUGCCAAACACAAGGAGUUGCAGGUACCCGAAGAGACCAUUGCGAUGAUGUCUGGCAUGACCGAUACGGCAACCGCGGAGAACAUAUAUUAUAUCCAAGUUCGCAACGGAUGCCGUGUACAGAUUUUACGCCCAAGAGAUGGUGAUGGCAUCCACCGUAAGGUUAUACUAUCGGGCUCAGAGCGCGUGAUGGAGCUAGUUGAAGACCGCAUCAAGCGCGUCCAAGCUCAGCAGGAAAUCGGAGACCCUCUCGUCGAGAUUUCGAAGCCUCUUUUCCCUAUUUUCAGCUCAAUAGAGACCAUGCGGCGCAACAAACUUCCAGUGCCUAUGAUUCGUGGAGUGUGGAUUGAGUCAAAAUCGGACCACGUGAACUAUCGGGAACUCAUCGAGCUUGGUUCAUCUACCAGCUCUGUGAAAGAAUUUGCGGAGCGCAUUCAAGAUCUAGUACGUGCAUGGGACCGAAACCCAGGGAAGCGCUCAAGUAGCGAAGCCCGACCCGCCCAACGCGACCAGAUUGUGCGACGCAUUUCAAAGCUCUUCCGACAAGACUCGAACAGAAAUUUCUUUUCUUCCGCAGCUUUGAACCAGGCAUUGGGGUUCUUAUGCGAUCAAGAACUCUUGAGUACUGCGAGGGCUAUCUUCCUUCGAGCAGAACAUGUCGCAACUGCGGACACAUACAAUAUCUUUCUUCGGACCGCAGCUCGACGACAAGAUUUGAAGACAUUCCGGCGGUUCCUAGUCUCUAUGGACCGAGCGCACAUUCGCCCAACUCCGGAGACCUGGCUUGUACUGCUUGGAGCAGUGGUCAGUCCCAAGGCCAAGGCGUCUCUCAUCGCGCACUUGGUGCAGAAGGGCUAUAUGGCCGAGACGAGCGUGACUCGGACUGCGCUCCAGCUGACAAUUCAGGACUCCCUUUUGGUGCAUUUGGAGAAUGGCCAGAGUAUGGAGUCGUUCCUCAACCUGGUCGUCAAAACACCCGAAGCCAAUUGGUUCAGCCGAUCGAUUCUCUCUCAGAUGUUCAGUGUAGUUGCCCGUCGGGGAGACUUCACUGCUGCGAACAGCCUCCUCAAGUUCUGUCUUACGAAUCAGCUUGCGCUCGAUAGUGGCACUCUCACCUUCCUGUUGACCAUGUGUCGCAAGGACGCCUUCUCCGCCGUCGACUACGUGCUUCCAUUACUCCGGCAGCCCAACUUCCGGCUUUCGCGGGAGAAUAUGGAUUUUUUCUUUCGAAUCGCCUACAAGAACCAGAAAUAUAACAUCUGCCGGGUCCUAUGGCGAUACGCUUGCAUGGAUGGACUAGUGACUCACCGAAUGAAAGAGAUCGUCCUAGACUCUCUCCACCGCAAUGUUCCAUUCAAGAGAUAUGCCAAUGGUUUCAGCCAAGACUGGCAGUUGUAUGCAGGCAAGGUUAUCGUUGGACUCGAGCUACACUUCUCUCGCGGGCCGGUGUGGCCAACAGAUAUCAUCGACUCGAUUCCUUCGAGCUUCCGCGACAAGCCCCUCGGUUUCCUAUCAUCUGGUUUCAAAGCCCAGGGCAAAGAACGCGACCUCCAGCACCGCGUGGCCUGGAUGCUCAUCAAUCGUGACCUCGGGCUAUUAGGGAAAUCCCGCUAUUCCCCGAAAUUAUCAUUUUCCGUCAUGCUCGAGUCGGCCGCCAAUCUUGACGCUGAUUGGGCGCGUCACCCGAGAAGUCUGGAUUGGUUUCUGCAAAAUGCCAUCAGGGUGCCAAUAAGGCGGCUACCUUCGAAAAAGAAACGACUUAUCUCCUCAACUCCUCUCUCCUCAACUCGUGGCCUUGCGUCUCUCGAUUUAUACUCUGCUAAGAGUGCACUACGGGCUUAA